UUGCUGUCACAUAUUUGAUUUGUAACAUGUGGCCAUCUUAAUUUUAUUUGUAUUAUUAGCUUUGGAAACGUUGCGGUAGAAGAUGCAAUUUAGGGAUUUAUUUCGUUGUAAUUUAACACAAAUCUAAGCGAAUGUAACAAUUUAUUUAUAUUUAAUUGUAAGACAUUAGAAUACACGAAAAUGGCGAGCAAGUUUCAACAAAACAGUAAUAUCGCCGCUCAAAAUCAGCUGGCGCAUUGGUUGAAUGAGACCGGUAUGUCAGAUGGGCAUAAGAAAGCUGACUUACUUCGGAAAUCCAUUGAGCUACUGCUGCAUCAGUGUUCUCACAUGCUGCCCACACACUUGGAGAAUGUGCUUAGCUACGUCAGUGAUAAAUCAACUGAUAUAAAGAAGCAGGUGGUUGGGUUUAUAGAGGAAUUAAGCAAAAACCAUCCACAAUUUCUUCCAAAAAUCAUCAGCCAACUCCGGCUCUUGGUGCUGGACAGUGUGAUAGCUGUUCAGAAGAGAGCCAUCCAGGCAGCCAGUAUUGUUUAUAGAAAUACACUAUUAUGGAUUUGCAAAGAGAAUGGAGAGUUGUCCGAGCUGCAGUUUGUUUGGGACAACCUUAAGGAGUUGAAGUUAUUAGUGCUAAACAUGAUAGAUAGUGACAAUGAGGGUAUCCGUACACACUCAAUAAAGUUCCUGGAGGAGGUGGUGCUAUUACAGAGCCCCAGUGGCUCUGGUGAGGAAGACUUCUGCCUCGACAACCUGCCGAGCCACCUGCCUUUCAUAAACAGACAUGCACUUGAAGAGGAGUCUGAACAUAUCUUUCAGCUACUAGUGAAAUUCCACAACUCCCAACACAUAUCUAGCGUAAACUUGAUGGCUUGUAUGACCACACUAUGCUUACUUGCAAAAUUCAGACCCAAAUACAUGCCCAGAGUCAUACAAGCGUUGGGUGACCUCCACACCACCCUGCCUCCAACUUUAUCACAAUCUCAAGUAAACUCAGUGAGGAAACAGUUGAAAAUGUUAAUCGUCAACUUAAUAAGACAUCCUUCUUCAGCGGAUAUGAUUCCCCAGUUAACUCAAUUGCUAGCUGAUAUUGGUAUGUCAGCCCAAGAGAUCAACAAACUCGUGCCCAAAGACAGAAGGUACAAGAGAGUUGGUGACGUCAAGAAUGGUGACACUCCUGCUAAGAGGUUGAGGAUUGACUCUCCGCAUAGUAAUAGCCAGGGAAGCGACAGUAAUAGUCGAAGUGACUUUACCUUGUUUGACGAUGACAGCAGUCAAGGAGCUUCCAAGUCAGCUCCAAUAGUCACUGAAGACACUAUUUUCGAAGGCCUAAACAAUGUUGAUAACGUAGUCAAUCUUGUAAUGUCGACUUUAUUGAACUGUUUACCGACCGAAAUGCCAAGCAAUUUCGCGAGCCUUUACAAUCCGAUACCCAACUCAGGCACCAAGGUCCAAAAGCGUCAUCUAGCUAAACUAACGUAUGCUCUGAUCAAAAACGAGCCCGAGGUGCCGCCACAACCGCUGCUGUCUGACAUUGCGGCAAAAAUACCUUUGCUAAGAGAAGAAGAAGAGAAAAUAACCCUUAAGAACGCUGUAGCUAAGUUACAAGAAUCAACAAAAGCAGAAAGGCAGAAGGAAAAUGCAGUCUCCAAGCUUAUGGAGGAGACUAGGCAGGAAUAUCUUAAAGACGAAGAAAGACGCAAUAAAGACAAAGAGAAACCGUCGGUGCCACCAACUCCCACCAUUCCGAAGUUAAAACAGAAAGUCAAGUUCCUUAAAUUGCAGGAAAUAACACGUCCGAUACCAAAAGAUAUAAAAGAGAAGCUUAUGCUGCAAGCAGUGGAAAGGAUCUUGGGAGCGGAGAAAGAAGCGGCUAUAGGGGGUGCGUCGCAAAUCCGGGCUAAACUCAUAACAAUAUUCGCAUCAAGUUACACGCCAGAGAUACGGGAAUUGAUACUAAAUUACAUACUAGACGAUCCUGUUAAUAGAAUUGAUUUAGCUCUUUCGUGGCUAUACGAAGAGUAUGCUUUGAUGCAAGGUUUUAAUCGUCACCCUGUCACCCUACAGCCAAAAAUGCAUGAAAAACACGACCAGAACUAUAACCAAUUACUUUGUGCUUUGAUUACUCAAAUAGCAGAAAGGGGGGAUCCUAUUAUGGAAGCAAGCAAAGACUUGCUACUGAGAAAGGUGUAUUCUGAGUGCCCAGUAGUUACUGAAGAGGCAGUGGAUUAUCUGAAGCAUUUGGUCACUGAAGAUAAAGUGGCGAUGUUGGCAUUGGAACUGCUUGAAGAGUUGUGUAUUAUGAGGCCGCCGCGUGCGCAUAAAUAUGUCACGUCACUCCUGUGUCAUGUGUUAAGCGAGAACGAAGAAAUCCGCGAGUUUGCGUUGAAGGCCUCCGUAAAGAUAUACAAGCGGGGCACGGAGUCCGUCCGCCGAGUGAUUGAGAAGCAAGCGCUGUUGUACCUCGGUUUUAUGUCUCUGCCGAUCCCCCCGACCGAGGUGAUGCCGCGGCACACCCGCGUGUGGAACGAUGACGCUUACAAACUUUGUCUGAAUCUAACUAUGGCGCUGUUCCCGGAGAAUGAAGAGCUGAUAGUGGAAGUGGGUCGCGUGUACGGCGCGGCGGGCGCGGAGGCCAAGCGCGUCGUGCUGCGCGCCAUCGAGGGGCCGCUGCGGGCGGCGCAGUGGCCGCAGGGGACCCAGGGGCCGCAGGGGACCCAGGGGACCCAGCCCGGGGGCCUGCACCCCGCCUGCCGCGCGCUGCUGCAGCACUGCCCGCGCGGCGCCGAGACCCUGCUCACGCGACUCGUGCACAUACUCACGGAGAAAGCGCCGCCGUCCCCGGAGCUGGUGUCCCGCGUGCGUGAGCUGUACGCCACGCGCGUGUCCGACGUCAGGUUCCUCAUACCGGUCCUCACGGGACUCACCAAGAAGGAGAUACUGGCGGCUCUGCCGAAACUGAUAAAGCUCAACCCAGUGGUCGUCAAGGAAGUGUUCAACAAGUUGCUCGGCUUGCAGAAUAUGCACGAAGAACGGUCACCAGUCUCACCGACGGAUUUGCUGGUCGCGUUGCACCUCAUCGACCCUGGCACUGCGGACCUCAAGUACAUCAUCAAGGCUACUGCAAUGUGCUUCGCUGAAAAACAGACUUAUACGCAGGACGUACUGUCAGCAGUCUUGCAGCGGCUGUGCGAAGAGCCCGAGAUCCCGGUGCUGAUGAUGCGGACGGUACUGCAAGCUCUUACACUCUAUCCCAGCAUGGCACCACUCGUUUUGAAUAUACUGCAGUUGCUUAUUGAGAAAGAGGUGUGGCAGAACAAGGUGGCGUGGGAGGGCUGGGUGAAGUGCUGCGUGAGGCUGCUGCCGGCGGCCGUGAGCGGCGUCGCGCGCCUGCCGCCCGCCGCGCUCGGCGCCGUGCGCGCCGCGCCUGCGCUGUGCGCCGCGCUGCGCCCGCACAUCGCGCUCUCCCCAGCCGCCGCACCUCGCGCACGCGCUCGCACACCUCACGCCUGAACAACAAUAUGCGUCCCCGACUCCUGGUUCGAUGCCAGUUCCGGCGCCAGUUCCAGCUCCCAAUCCUGUGGAACCGCUUCCCCCAGGAAUGGAAUGAUCAACCUCAGACAUUCUUUUAACCGAUACUUACUUUAAAUGUUUUUAUAUGAAAUUAAUGUAUAUUUUUUGCUUAUUCCGGGUAUUCUGAAGCCAUGUGGUAGACCCUACUUUCAAUAAAAUCACCUCUGCGUCGUAUCGAAUUGAACUAUCUUACUUAUAAACUUGUCUUAGCGUUAAGAGGUGGCUAAGAAUUGCUUAAAUAGCUGUCAAAAAUCACCGGUUUCCUACUUUAAACCUUAUUAAGAGGCAAGAUUGCCGGUUUUGACUUCAGCUGAUUUAGUAAAUUUGUGUUUUAACUAAGCAUAGCUUUGAUAAUUUUCUAUAAGUAAGACUGUAUAAGUUUAUUAAUUGAAUGGGGUUUUUGAUAAAUGCUUGUCGCAGGAUACCUGGCUUAAUUUAAAAACAUAACAUUGCUGAAGUAAACUUCUGUUUUCUGGUUAGUAAAAUUUAAAUGUAAGAUUACUUCAAUUAUCACAGACUUGAUGUUUAUUAGUAAUUCAAAUAUAUGAUUUGUCGAAACUUAAGAUAUGAUUAUGAUUUAUUUAGCACAUGUAAAAAUAUUAAAAAAAAUAUAUGUUCUUGCGCACUUCACUGCGCUUGUCACUGUGACAAAAGAUGUCUCAUAACGGCCAGUAACUACGCUGGAUACAAUGUCCUUUAAACCGGAACACAAUAGAGCAUACGUUAUUGAUUGUGAGUAAAAGUACGCACUUCUCGACUACACCCGUAUACUGCGAAAAACGUUGGUGGGCAAGGUACGCUAUCUCCAUAGACAAGUUUGAUGUUAACCGCUUGUAUAAUCGAGAGCUGCAAUUCCUGAUGUUUUACUAAUAGAUUUUCGUUUUAAAUAUUGUUACUGGCAAAAGGAAUUCGUUUAUUAAUAGAGGUCGUGUUUAUGGCAACGUUUAAUUUUUUUUUACUUUUUGUAGCACCCUGUAGUUAACACUGCCUUGUGGUCAGCCUAGAUGUAGGUCGUCGAAGACCUGGGUUUAAUUUAAUGUCGAGGUGAAUAUUUACAAAUAGUAUUCAUUCUAAAAACAUUUGACAUGUAAAGUGAUACCUCUAAAAUAGAUUUAGGUUGAUCCCCCAUUAUAAUAAUAUAUAAAACAGAACGAAUGAAAGAAACACUCAUGCCAUCGGGGUGUCGUGUGGCCACUUAUUUUUCUGGUUGUCUUCAAUGUAUUGUUAAGUUUCAUUAUACAAAUAGUUCUUGUAAAUACAGUCGAUUUAUGUGUAUUAACUAUAUUAGAUUGAAAUAAAAAUUCGCGAAACGUA